GGAUCAACAACAGACGAGUUCAGAGCGUUGAGAAGAGGGAGAUGGCUGAGCUCUCUCUUUAUCUAACGAACAUCAACGUGUCUUUGGGACAGAACAUGGACGUAGAAAAGAUCUCUGGUGGUGGGAAGGACUUUGAGAAUGUGGAGUUGGGAGACCUGGGGAAGAAGAAGAAGCAGAAAUUACCCCGCAGGACCAUCUACUUUGCCAGCGGGGAGACCAUGGAGGAGUACAGUACAGAUGAGGAGGAAGAGGAGGAGCCAGAGAAGAAGGAUCUGAUGUCUACAGUUGACCCAUCGAAGUUGACCUGGGGGCCAUACUUUUGGUUCUACAUGUGGAGAGUUGCCACCUCCACUAUCUCAGUUUGUGAUUAUGUUGGAGAGAGGAUGGCCUCGUUCUUUGGCGUCACGUCACCCAAGUACCAGUAUGCGAUUGACGAGUACUACAGGAUGAAGAAAGAGGAGGAAGAGGAAGAGGAGGAUAACCGCUUGUCUGAGGAGGCAGAGCGUCGCUUUGAGGAGCAGCAGAGCCAGGAGGGUCAGGAGCCAAUGACUGAACAGCCGGAGGGCUCCGCCUCCUUUGUAAAUAUCACUUUUGAACUGGAGAAAGAGCCUCAUGCCAUGAAUGACACUAACAGAGUCCCCGCCCCCAUCCCCACCUAACAAAAUUUUUUGCAAAGAAGUCAUUUUCACAUACACGCAUUUUAUUAUUUUUGUCACAAACUUAUUGGUUGAAACUUACGUAGUGAUCUUUUUUAUGGCUAUAAUGGUCUCUUGUUUGAAUAUGCACCUGUGUGAGCUGAUGUAGAGGUACUGUCUGUCACACGUGUACCCUAAACAGCCCUGUGUAAUACUUUUGUCAAAUUCCAGUUGCCUUCAUGCUGAGAGUUUUGAGGAGAAUGUGCUGUCUGAUAAUGAAGGGCAAGUUUUAACUUCAGUAUGCAGGUCUAUGUGUAGUUUGAUGUAGGAAGCAAAGAGCCAAAGGAUUUGUCAUUAAUGCAUGAUGGAAUCAGUUUGCUAAAAAUCUUCUAAUAAUGUGAAUUACCUUAGAAAUGUUUGUCCUACAAUGACAGGACUGGCUUUCGAGGAUGGCCUCAUUAUUGUACUAUUUAAGUGACACUGUACUAUGACAUAAAGCAGCUAAUUUGAUAUGGAUGGAACACUACAUAUCUCAUUUCGCAACCACUUUUACGGCCAAAAGUAAAAGUGAUUAAAAUCCUGUGCAAAUCUGUGCAAGUUUGGUGUAACAUUUCAAAGGGAGUAAAGCACUGUCUGAAGAAACCAAAGCUUGUAUCCCUGAUGCUGGAGUCAAUCCAUUCUACUGUCCUCUUUGGCCAAGUCUGAAAUGACACUGCCAAUAUGACACUUGGCAAAAAUCAUUUGCAUUAAAAUGUUCUGACACUUAAAUAUAAUAUAAGUUCAGCUGGCCCUUUCAAUCUUAGUGAAAUGUUUGACAAUAACAGCCUUUAUAAACCAUGGACAACAUUCUCUCUGAAUGGAUGUUAGGAAGUAGGAAGCAUGCAAUUGUUUUGCGGUGGUAAAAGGGACAUGUUAGUUUUAAAGUAGUGAUAGGAACCUAGCCUUUACUGGCUUAAUCUUUUCACUGAAAGUUGUUUCUUCAUUGUUAAAGUAGCCAUGUACACUAAAAUACAGUAUGGCAUUGCACAGCCUUGUCAGGGUUAAAUUUUGUCAUUGAACAUAGCUGCAGUUAUGUUAUUCACACAGCAGUUUUCUUCACAGUACAGAGGGAGUCCUAUCAUGAAACAUGAGUGUUCUUGAAGGAAAAAUGUCCGUAAGUUUGCACUUACUGUAAUUAAUCACAGUACUUUACAUCU